AUGCGAGCCCAUCGGGGCGAGUUAUCUGUUGAAGUGAUCACUGCCGAGCCUCUCAGUAAGAAACACGAAACAGCGCUACGAGAUGCUCUGAAGAAGCUAGCGAAACCGGGACAAAAUCUGCAAAUUGAAAUGACCGUGAAACCAAGCAUCCUUGGUGGUAUGAUGGUCAGUAUUGGUGAUAAAUUCAUCGACAUGAGCAUCGGUACCCAAUUCAAGAAGUUCGAGGAAUUGCUGCGAAGCGCCGCGUGA